UAUAUUAUUUUUGAAAAUGGCUAACAAAGUUUUCAUUGUCCUGGGAAAAAUCGAUUGUAUUUACAUAUGUAUACUGUACUAGAGCGCAGUCACGUACUGAGCUUUUGCAUUUGGUUGAAAGCGACAAAAGUCGUCUAAUAUAAACAGAAAAUAAAUGAAUAGGAUAUUUGUGUAAUACUGCAUACGAAUUUUAGCAAACUCACUCAUGAACUAAGAUGAUUGUUACAUCUGGCGUGGAUACAAAUGUUUCUUUGGGUACGGUUGAGGUCACAACACUCUUAGGCGCUUUUUUUGGUGUGCUCGUUUUGCUUCUAUUGUUAUUUCUGUAUGUAAGUCGAAGAUGUUGUUUUCACACCCGCCAUGGCAUAAAUUGCUGUGAUGAACGGCACCUGGCUGCCAAGUGUGUUCAGAAAAUCACUCGAAAACGGCGCUACGAGAAUACCAGCUCCGAUUCAGAGGAGGACAUAUUACGGCGCUUGCGAUGGCAUCAGCAGAAUCGAAACCUCUUGCCGAACGGCAAGUUUGUUGGCUAUGGCAUGAAUGCCGGCCAGUUGAAUCCAUUGACAGCGCACAGUUUCAAUUACAAUCAAGCCGACUUGCAACGUGUGACAGUAACGCGUGACCCUUUGGCCGUUGCCGAACGGGGCAAGGUCGGCAUACCAUCAUCACACAGUGAGUGCAGCUCAAAUGAUUCAAUGGAGGCAUCCGUUUCAGUGGACAGUCAAACGGGCAUAUUGACAGCUGAAAGCAAAUGUACUCCAUCGUCCAUCGAGAAUCGUGCCAAGACCCAUAGAUAUAAAAAGGUAGAAAUUCUGCCACAGAAGCAGGACAGUGUGGUAGUGGUGCCAAUAACUAACUUCAAUAACAACAACAACAACAACACCCAAAUUAUCAACAACAACAACAAUGAUGAUGAACCACUUUUUGAUACCAGUGAUCUACGAUCCAUCAAGUCCGAUGAUAUUUUGGUCAGUGAUCAGCAAUUUGCCAAAAGUGGACCCAUCGAAUUGGAGAUUUCGCUCCUCUAUGACGCUCCCAUGCGAAAGAUGACGGUCCAUGUAAUGCAAGCGCGCUGUCUGCCCCCACUGGGCAAUGGUCAACAAACGCAUACACAGGUGCGUUUGUUAAUGCUGCCGAACAAGAAGCAGAAGCACAAGACCAAAAUCCGAAGUGGCGAGAACCCGCAGUAUAUGGAGAGUUUCUUGCUACACCGGGUUAAUCCCGAAGACGUUAACAACAUGGGUCUGAGGGUCCGCCUUUACGGUUGCGAGCGACUGCGUAAAGAGCGACUCAUAGGCGAAGCCUAUGUGAGUUUUUCGACCGUGGAUUUGGAGCUUGAGACUAACCUGUGGCUACCUCUGGAGCCCAGGAACACAUCAUCAAUAUUGGGAUCAACUAGCGAUUUGCUAAGCUUAGCCAGAUCAGAUAGUGCCGGCUCGACCACCUCCAUGCAGCAUGGAGGUGUCUCUGAGCUGCUGCUAGGCUUGGCUUAUAACGGCGUUACGGGCCGUCUGACCGUAGAGGUCAUAAAGGGCAGUCAGUUUCGCAGCUUGUCGUUGAACAAAGCCCCGGACACAUACGUGAAGCUUUGUAUGGUGAGCAGUAUAGGUGUGGAGAUUUCGCGGGCUAAGACGUCAAUUAGGCGCGGCCAGCCAAAUCCACUUUUCAAAGAGACGUUCGUGUUUCAAGUGGCACUCUUUCAACUCAACGAUGUCACGUUGAUGGUAUCUGUGCAUACAAAACGGCACAUGAAGAAGAAUGAAAUGGUCGGUUGGUUUAGCAUGGGGCUAAGCUCAUCAGGACCAGAAGAGGUUGCCCACUGGACGGACGUGUGCGAAAUGCCGAAGGGGGAGAUUUUGGCACGGUGGCACGUGCUUGUGGAUUCCUGAUUCGAACAGUUGGGACAGUCUUCUGGACGCAGCAAGGCCUUCAAAAAACUAAGCUUUGCUGCGUUCAAGGACAAGUCCAAAGAUAAGACUGCAAGGGAAGAGUGCGAUAGUCAACUCCCUGCAGACAAUGCAGUUGCGGUCGACAUUGAGCCUGGCUUGGAGCUUGACUUUGUCUAAUGCUCCGGGGUCUAUGUGAAAUUUGUGAUUUGUUUAUAUGGAACAGUGCCGCACGGUCGAGAAAGCGAUCUUUGUGCCGGACGUGUUCCGCAAUAAAUUUUGAAAGUGUUGGUGAACCAAAAUCCAGGUACAUUCAACAUAACCGAUACAAAAAUUUGUAACUUACAAAAAAAAUUUGGCACACAUUCUUUGAAAAAUGUGAAUGAAAAUUAAUCACUUACAUUUGCAUAUGGAAAUUUUAUACGCAAUGGUAUGCAAAGUGCAUAUAACUUAUUACUCAAGUUCGAACUUUAUAAUUGUUUGUGAUAAUGCAUAAUAUAUAAUUAUUCGAUGGCUACGAAUCUGGGGCAUUAAAGGCCUACUACCUUUUUGUAAUUACAAUUUCUGCAUCUUAAUUAUCACAUACGAGUACUAUUGAACCGAUCGAGGUUUUGAUUAUUGAAAAGGUCUUAUAAGACUUGCACAUUUUUAUUAUGGAAUAACGCAAAUAACUAAUGAUAGCAUUCGCAACGCAUACAAAUAAAUUCUUGUAUUUUUACCAAGAAACAUGCGGAUUGUUCCACUUUUGAUAUGAACAUAAUUAUUGGUACCUUAGAAUUCAAACGCACAAAGAUCUACAAUUGGGAGAGAGUUUGAAGGAAGUUACGGAUAGUAACAUAUAGUAUACAUAUACAGAAGAGCAUACCUAUCUUUACCUACAUACAUACUAUAUUUAGCGAAUGUGAGAGAAAUGUGAAGAAUUAAAAAAUUGUUGAGUUCAUGAUCAGGACUCAAUCUUUCACGGAUCGGUUGCGAUACGUGUAACUGAAUAGCAGUUAUUAACAAACAUACACAACUACUUGAGUAUAUAGUACAUAAUGUGCAAUAUGGGAGUUUUAGCGAACGGCAUGCUUAAUGGGCAGACGACCCUUAGCUCCAGGAGUUCAAAUUUGGAGUCAAGUGAAUCUACACAGUACUAAGAAGAAUAGCGUAAAUACUUACCUAACAUUAAAAUGAAAAGCUUUAAUAAA